AUGGAAGCUGUGGGCUUGGCCUCUGAAGGGGCCCUGCUCAUAGACUCUGGUCUCUCAACUGAGGAAAAUCGUUUUUUGUUAUUGAAUUUACAGAAGGAAAACAACAACUUUGAAAGGCCAGGUCAAUACCUGAAGUGGGAAAAGCGUGAAAGAGAAAAGGAGCAUCUAUUUCACAGACUUCAUCUUGACAGGCAUGCCAACAAUCUGAGAGUUGCAGACAUUCUUCAAUUAACUGCAUGUUCAUUACAAUCCCAUGAAUCUUGUGCUGAAGAGGAGCUGAUUCAAACUUUCAUACAAAAACUACUGAUGAUGAACUAUAAAGCAAGAUACAUUAAAACUAAAGAGAGCGAUGAGGAAGAUCACACACAACAAAGAGACAAUGACUUUUCUGACGAUGAAGGUGAUAUAUUCAAAGCAAUGUCUUUGUCUAACAAAGAAAAAACUCAAUCUGAGCGAAUUCACUCAAUGGAUGUUCAGAUGGCCAUGUUUCACUGUGUUGAUAGUUUCCUGAAACAGCUGAUGGUGACUAAACUGUCCCAGUGUCAGUACGCUCUGCCUCUGCUUGUUCCUGAUCCAGUCACACAUCAGAUUGAGUUUCCUCUCUGGACAUUCAGACAAAUCAACAAGAGCUGGAAGAUCAAAAAACAGAACAAUGAAACCAUUAAAUUCCAGCCAGUCUACAAGGCAGAAACUCCAAUGGUAUUUUUCUUCAGGUUUAACUCUGUGUCUUCAUCUAAGUCUGAAUUGAUGAACAGUCUGAUCAAUGAGAAACACAACACGUUCUUCCACAGGAACUGCCCAGGCAGCAGCAGAACCAGAGUACUGAUGGAUGGAGUGGUGGAGAUCGCCUGGUUCUGCCCCUCCGGAACAUAUGAUGAUAAAUUCAAUGACUGUGUUGCGUUCUGUAAUCUACAUGGUGAUGCAGGAGACCAUGAGAAACAGCUGGAGAUCCUCACUGAAAUGGCCUCAGUCAAUGUUGUUCUUCUACCACAACUUCACAGGAAUGAUAGAAGUGCAGCAAUAAUCCAAAACCUUUUCAGGAACAAAAAGCCACUGAUUUGUCUUUUUACUGAGGAGGAAUCUACUGUAAUUGAGACAAGGAAAUGGAAAUUCAAAAUUGGUUUGAAAGACAGAAAUCAGUCAGAUGUAACUGAAGAACUAAGAAGAGUUAUAAAUUAUUGUCUCUUAGAAUCAUCUUCCACUUUCAGACUUGAGGAUGUAUCCAAACACUCAGACAUCAGUGUAGAUGAGGAAGAUGAUGAUGACUGCAGGAAAGGAAGAGAAGCAGCACAACAGAUGAUGAGUUUACUGGAGAAGAAAGAUCUGACAGAAAUCAAAGAAUCAUUUCUGCCCUGUCAGGGGAAACUAUGGCAUCAAUGGAGUCAGAAGAACAAAGAACUACAUCGAAAUCAAGCAUAUGACACAGAAAUAGAUAUUAGUAAAAAACACACUGAAAUGAAGAAAAUUCGUCAAAACCAAUAUGAAUCUGGCAUCAACAAGUUUAUGAUGUUCUUUAUUAAAGAAAUAAACUUACAUGCUGAGAAUAAGAUGUAUUUCCUUAAAUGGCUUGGAAUCUUCUUGGAUGACUAUAUCUCACAGGAUAUUUCUGUUCUUCAUCACAGAUAUGAUGAAAAGUGGUCAGUGGUUGUAAAACUGAAAGAGAAUGAUAAUAAACCUGAACAACUCAAAGUUGAAGAAACUGAACUUGAAAAAAUAUCUGGAGAACUUCAAGCUGUAGCCUUUGGGUUGGAGCACAUCAUGAGGGAGAUCGGUCAGAUCUAUGAAUCAUGUUCAUCUGUGAAGAAGAACAAGAAAGAUCUGCAGGUUCACUUCUCUUCUCUUCCGAGUCUUGCAGCAGAGAUGAUGAUCUCUGGAUUUCCACUGGAGCUGAUGGAUGGAGAUGCUGCUCAUGUUCCUCUGAUCUGGAUCUCUGCUGUUCUAGAUGAACUCUUCCAGAAACUGGGAGACCAAAGAGUCUUCGUGCUGUCAGUUUUAGGGCUUCAGAGCUCUGGGAAAUCCACCAUGCUGAAUGCCAUGUUUGGACUCCAGUUUGCCGUCGGUGCUGGCAGGUGCACCAGAGGAGCUUUCAUGCAGCUGGUCAGAGUGUCAGGCGAGAUGAAAACACAGAUUGAAUUUGACUAUAUUCUGGUUGUUGAUACUGAGGGUCUUCGUGCUCUAGAACUGGCUGGAAGAUCAACAAGACAUCAUGACAAUGAAUUGGCCACAUUUGUUGUUGGAAUUGGGAAUCUGACCUUGAUCAACAUAUUUGGAGAAAACCCAUCUGAGAUGCAGGACAUUCUUCAGAUUGUAGUUCAGGCCUUCAUGAGGAUGAAGAAGGUCAGACUGAAUCCCAGCUGUGUGUUUGUGCAUCAGAACGUUUCAGACAUCACAGCUGGAGAUAAAAAUAAGGAGGGAAGGAAACGACUACAGGAUACACUGGAUAAGAUGACAAAACUUGCUGCUGAGGAGGAAGUCUUUGAUGCAGAAUGUUUCAGUGAUGUCAUUAGAUUUGAUGCACGGAAUGAUGUGAAGUAUUUUGCUCAGCUCUGGGAGGGCAGCCCACCCAUGGCACCACCAAACCCAAAAUACUGUGAGAAUAUUCAACAACUAAAGAAAACUAUUAUGUCUCAAGCCUCAAAAUCACAUGGAAUGAAGCUUAACAACUUCAAAGAUCGUAUUAAAGAUCUCUGGGAGGCUUUACUGAAGGAACGAUUUGUCUUCAGCUUCAGAAAUUCUCUGGAGGUCACAGCCUACAGGAAACUGGAGACAAAAUAUAGCAAGUGGACCUGGAGUCUUCGCUGUGCCAUGAUGGAAACUGAGAACAAACUACACAACAAAAUAGAAAAUGAAGCAAUUCAUGAGGUUGAGGAAACUGAUCUUCAAAGAGAACUGAAAAAGACAAGUGAGGAAGUGGAGAAAUCUAUGUCUGAAUUCUUUGAGAAAGACACAGAUGCAGAUAUACUGAUUCAGUGGAAAACGUCAUUUGAAAUCAAAAUCAAAGAGCUUCAGGACAACAUUGUCAGAGAAACAAAGAGGAAAUUAAAUGAGAUUCUUCAACAGCGAGAAAUAAAGAAAAAAAUAGAUGCUCAGAGGACACAUCAUGAAAACACUCUUUAUGAAAAGAGCAAAGAACUUGCCUUAAAACUCAAAGCUAAAGCAAAAGAUGAAGAAACACUGAAGAAAGAGUUGGAUUUGUUUUGGAAUCUGAGUGUUAAGAAGAUCAUCACAGACACUCAGAUUUCAUUCAAAGACAUUGACAUGUUGAGAGAUGUGAAACUCCUUCUCAUUGACAUCUAUGAAAGUGCUCCUGUAGACCACAGGAAAGAGGGCAGUGAGUACAAUGAUAUUUUCACACUGAGGAGUUAUGGCGAAUAUGUUAUUUUUAACACAAAACGUAAUGACACCAAAAGUAUGUCUGUAAAGAGUGUUCUUAAGAAAAUUCAAAAAUCAUUUGGAUUAACUCAAAAUCCAAAUAGUGAUGAUCAAAUACGGUUAUUAGUCAAUGAUGUUAUUCAGCAGACAGACAAAAUGAUUCAGUCAUUUAACAUUUCAAAGAUGGGCUACAACAUCAGCUACAUUCAACAACUCAUAGAUUACAUCAAGAGGAGAGUAAAAGAACAUCAGGAAGGAUCUGUGGAAUAUGAGUUCAAGAAUGAAUUCUUCAUUGAUUUGGUUUAUUCCAUCUGUAAGAGAGCAAACAAGAUAAUCACAGACCAACACAGAAUGUUCAAGGAAGCCAAUGAUCCUGUAAUAUAUUUUGGGAAAAAGAAAGAAGAGUACUACAGAAUAUUACAGAAAUACUGUCAUGGAGCAACAUCAACUGCAAUUUUUGGUGAGAUCAUCUGUCAGAAACUGAAAGAGCCCAUUGAGCAGAGUGUCUACAAGAAGACUGCAAGAGAUCUGGCAGAUGAAAUGAGAUCAAACUGUGAAUCACUAAAUGGAAACAGAUCAAAUCUGGAGAAACACAUCCUGAAGACACUUGCAGAAGAGGAGAAUUUUUACAAAUACAUGAACUAUAUUUAUAAUCCCAAAGAUCACUUCAAGAGUUUCAUCAGAGAUGAAGUCAGUCGGUACAUCAAUGGUAAGUUCAGUGUCAGUGUUUUACCAAAGAUGAAGGAGAACAUUAAACUCCUGCAGCAGAAGAUCAUUGAAGCAGCACAUGAAUCUACUGAACAUGUUCAAGUGAACAGUGGAGAGGUUGGUUUGUGGUUGAAGAGUUUCACACAGCAGCUCUCAGAUGUGCUUAUCUUCUCUGAAAAAGACCUCAGUGGAGUGAAACAUGAUGAUGUUGAUGAUUUCAACCUCCUUGAAGAUGUGAUAAGACAAGAACUUCCUGCAAUAAUGUCUGAUAUCCACAGCAGAUUCAACACAGAUACAUUUUGUGCAAACCUAGACAAUAAAUUGAGGCCAGAUGAGCUUCUGUUUGAUCACUUUUGUCAGUGCUGUUGGGUUCAGUGUCCAUUCUGUGGAGCCAUCUGCACCAACACUAUAGAAAGCCAUCCUGGAGAUCACAGUGUUCCUUUCCACCGUGUUACUGGCCUGAAUGGGUGGUUUCACAACAACACAACAAACUUGUCUACUGAAAUCUGCACAUCAGCAGUAGCAAGCAGCACUAUAUAUUUUUAUCCCAAUGACUCAAAUAAUAAAGUGCUCUGGAAAGAUUAUAAAAGUGCAGGACGAAAAUAUGAAGACUGGAGCAUCACUCCUGAUCUCUCUGAACUGCCCUACUGGAAGUGGUUUGUGUGCAAAUUCCAGAAUCAGCUUGAGAAGCACUACAAGAAAACAUUUGAGGAGAAGGGUAAGAUCCCAGAAGAAUGGAGAAAAUACUCAAAACAAGAUGCUUUUGAGAGUUUGGAUAAAUACAUUUAA